CUGAAAUCUCAUGCUCCCCAUCUGCAAAAAUAUAUUAUACUCUCACACCCCACCAAACUGACUAAAAAGCCUUAUCUUUUUCAAACCCCAUUAUACUUCAUUCAACUAUUAACAGUAUAUUUUAUUAGGCUUCUCCCUUUCUCAUAUCAUACAUGCUCAAGUACUCUUACCAAUAUUUGUUGCAUUAUAAACUUGAACCAUUUGUUCUUCCCAUCUAUAUAAGCAUACCUUUCAACAAACAAAACACUGUAUCAAUUUUGGCUCUCCAUGGCAGCUCAAGUUUUCAUGAUAUAGGAUUUAAGAGGUUGGUUGGCCAGUACCAGAUUGGGCACAAGUUGCUAUAAAGCUGAGGCUAAUUUGAUCAUUUUCCUUCUCUUAUUGGCAUAAAAAGACUCAAACAAGUGACUUGACUUGUUCUUGGGUAUUCCUCUUUAGAAGGCAGCUAAUCCUGGAAUUGGUAAGUCCUAUGUACAACACUUAUUCUUUUUUUGUUCAUAUAAAUGCCUUUCUUUUGCAAAGAUAUUUGGCAUAUAUUACUAUGACAUAUCUCCCAUGAAUCUGAUGGUUUAUUUGAUUUAUCUCAUAUUCAUGUCCUCCUCUCUUUCUUGAUGAUAUUUCUUUGACUGAGUUACCUACUUUGUCAUAUUGAAUAUUAGUAAUUAUCAAUGGAUGGUUUGGGUUGGGAUGGCUUACAAGGCACAAACACACCAUCCUUGUGGAGUAAUCACCAUCAUGGUCUUGAAGAAAGCUUGGUUCUGUCCAACUCAAAUUCCAGCUUGUUCAAUCCAAUUCAGGUGCUCCAACACGCUCAAACAUCUCAUAAUUAUACAAAUUCUGAAAGAGUGAGUGACAUGAUUCAGCCACCAGCUGUCCUAUUGGAUUCAAUGAGAGCUGAGUCAAACAUGAACAACUUAUCCCACCAGCAAGAAGCUAUGAUGUUACGUGGAGAAACAAUGGUUGCAAAAUUAGGAGCUGGGACAAGUUUAACAUCUGAUCAAUUAUAUCCUUCUUCUUUGAUCAAUAGGCCUUACAGCAUGAACCCACCGAGAUGUGUCAUGGGGGGUUUUAGGUUGCCACUCCAAUCACAAGUCAUUAACGGCUUACAAAAGGGCCAGGCUCAAGCAACAACAUGCUCACUUGAGUCAUUGGAUUGCUUGCUCUCAGCUACCAAUAGCAAUACAGACACAUCGGCCGAAGAUGAUGGGAUUUCCAUGUUAUUCUCUGACUGCAGAAACUUAUGGAGCUUUGGUUCUGGCAGUGCAGCUUCAUCAGGUGAGUCCGAGAAUAAUGCCUCCAAUAAUGCAAGAAACAAUGACAUGCAACACUGCCCUGUAAAUGAGAUUGAUGAGACUUUGUCUCAAAAUUCCUCGGAUCUCUAUGUCAAUCAUGGAAAAAAAGUUCAAGAAUGCAAGCCUGUUUCUACAAAGAGAAGCAAUGAUCAAACUGAGCUCAAGGCAGCUGUUCCAAACUAUCAUUGUUUUGAUCUUCUUCAAAAUGAUCAUUCUGAUAAUUCAGAAGGUGGUUUUAAACUCAUCUCUGAGAAUCCACCAAAAUCCAAAAAACCUAGAUCAGAGAAGCAACCAAGCUCAUCCAACAUCAACUUUCAACAGUCAACUUCAUCAGUAUCAUCUUCCAUUGAAGAACCUGAUCCAGAGGCCAUUGCACAAAUGAAGGAAAUGAUUUAUAGGGCUGCAGCUUUUAGGCCAGUGAACUUGGGUUUGGAGGUGAUGGAAAAGCCAAAGAGGAAGAAUGUUAAAAUAUCCACAGAUCCACAAACUGUGGCUGCAAGGCAAAGGAGGGAGAGAAUCAGUGAGAGAAUUAGGGUUUUGCAGAGGCUGGUUCCUGGUGGAAGCAAGAUGGACACUGCGUCAAUGCUUGAUGAGGCUGCAAACUACCUCAAGUUUCUCAGGUCACAAGUCAAAACACUAGAAAUUCUUGGCCACAAACUUGACACAAUGAAUUAUUGUCCUCCUGCAGACUUUGCCUUUUCUUUUAACCCUUCUUUUCCCAUGCAAACCCAUCUACCACUCCAAAACCCUAACCAUAUCCACCAUUCACAGAGUUGAAAACAGUGACCAACC